CCAUGGUACAUAUUGUCGCGGGGCGUGCAAGCAGGGACAGUACCGGUACUUCCAAGGUACCUGCUAGUCAUCGGACCCACCUACCCGUCAAGCCACAUUCAAUCGCGGCUACCGUAGCUUCGUUCACCACUGACACCUGAAGCUCCCGAGUUCCGCUCCCACGAUCCCAAACAUCCAAUCCAGCCCACGUCCAUCCUACCAAGCACAGCUGUCUACGAGCACCGCGACACCACACACAAAACUAUAACCGGCGCGCACAUAGCUACUUACCACUUACCGCCCAUCGCUCGCUCCCCCACCUACCAAACACAACAGACCACCCACUCACCACAUCCUCAAGACAAGCGCCACAGCAGCAAUGUCCAACCACCUACCAGCCGGAGGCAACGGCGGCGGCGGGCGCGCAGGGGAUUCCGGACUCCGAUACCCGUCGAACGGCAAGACGAUUUAUCACCGGCCGCUCAACCGCACUAAGACUGCGGAGCUGAGCAAGGCGGCUUUUGCGUAUUUGUUUGCGGAGAUGGUGUCGUAUGCGCAGAGGAGGGUGACGGGGAUUCAGGAGUUGGAGAAACGCCUCAACCUCCAAGGCCACCCCAUCGGCCUCAAGCUCCUCGACCUCCUCCUCUUCCGCGAGCCCCCUCGCUCGCAACUCCGUCCACUGAACAUCAUCGCCCUCCUACAUUUCAUCAAAAUCAACGUCUGGACGCACCUCUUCGGGCGACAAGCCGACCGACUGGAGAAAUCCUCCAACCCGGAUACCCCCGACGAGUUCAUGAUCAUCGACAACGAGCCGCUGGUUAAUGCGUACAUCAGUGUGCCGAAGGAGAUGAGCCAGUUGAAUUGCGCGGCGUUUGCGGCGGGGAUAAUAGAGGGGGUUUGUGAUGGUGCUGGGUUUCCGGCGAGGGUGACGGCGCAUACGGUUGGGGAUACGGCGGGGGAGGGUGGGGAGAUGUGGCCGGGUAGAACGGUUUUCUUGGUCAAGUUCCAGCCGGAGGUGUUGGAGCGGGAGGCGUUGAUUGGGGCUAAGAGUUGAUGAUGAUGCGGAGAAGAGGUGGGGAAAAGGGGAUGGAUACAAGAGUGGGUUGAAAGAAAGGGAGAGUUGCUGAGGGGAGGUAUAUGUCUUGUUUGGGUUUUUGGGUUUUGGAACUGGGCAUUAGCAUGGCGUUUAAAGCGGUUAUGACGGGACGGCAUUGUUUGUGAAUAUUAUCACAGGUCCAUGAGGACCAGCUAAUGAGAGAGGCGCGUUUCCCGAACAACAUGGGUGGAACAUUUAUCAUGUUUUGAGGUGACGGCAGG